UGUCAGGUGACCUGGGUCACGUGAGCGGCGGGAGGUAGCAGCAUUGGUAGCGGCCGGUGACGGGACGCGAUGGAGGAGAGAGAAGCUCUGCUGCCCGGGGAAGCCGGCGAGCCAGAUCGGGAGUCGGUCGAUCGGCCGAGCCAAGGCUGUGCCACGGCCCUGGGUGACCCCCGGAGAUGGCCGCAUCGCUUCGUGGUGCUGGCCCUCAUGUGUUUCCUGGGCUUCGGUAGUUAUUUCUGCUAUGAUAAUCCAGCUGCUUUGCAGACCCAAUUUCUGAGUGAUAUGAAGAUUAAUACUGUCACAUUCAUGGAACUGUAUGCAUGGUAUUCCUGGCCCAAUGUUGUCCUCUGCUUUUUUGGAGGAUUUCUACUGGACAAAGUAUUUGGAAUACGUUUGGGAACCAUAAUUUUCAGCUUGUUUGUCUGUGUUGGACAAGUUAUUGUUGCUACUGGAGCACUGUUGAAUGCAUUUUGGCUAAUGGAACUGGGAAGAUUUGUCUUUGGGAUUGGUGGGGAGUCACUAGCUGUCGCACAAAACACGUAUGCUGUCAGCUGGUUCAAAGGCAAAGAGCUAAACUUUGUGUUUGGGUUGCAACUAAGCAUGGCUAGACUGGGUAGUACUGUGAACAUGAACAUUAUGGGGUGGAUCUAUGCAAGAGCAGCAAAGAUGCUGGGCUCUAUGAGUUACAGCACACUUGGUAUAAGUCUCAUGAUAGCUACCUCAACAUGUGUGUUCUCCUUGUUGUGUGCAUUAGCCAUUGCUUAUUUAGACAAAAGAGCUGAGCGGAUUUUAAAUAAAGAUCAAGGAAAAACAGGUGACGUUGUUAAACUGAAAGAUGUGAAAGAUUUUCCAUUAUCCCUCUGGCUGAUAUUCCUUAUCUGUGUUUUUUAUUAUGUGGCUGUUUUCCCAUUUAUUGGACUUGGAAAAGUAUUCUUCGUUGAAAAAUUCAACUUUUCUCUGAAACAAGCCAGUUUAAUCAACAGCAUUGUGUACAUUAUCUCUGCUCCAGCUUCACCUAUUCUGGGAUUUCUAGUGGAUAAAGUAGGAAAGAAUAUAUUUUGGGUGAUGGGUUCUGUACUGAUCACAUUGGCUGCUCAUAUGAUGUUGGCAUUCACCUUCUGGAACCCUUGGAUUGCCAUGUGUCUGUUGGGAAUAUCCUAUUCUUUGCUUGCCUGCGCGUUGUGGCCAAUGGUGGCGUUUGUUGUUCCUGAACACCAGCUGGGAACAGCUUAUGGCUUCAUGCAGUCCAUACAAAAUUUGGGUCUUGCCGUGAUUGCAAUUGCUGCAGGUUCCAUAUUGGAUUCCAAAGGAUAUCUGUUUCUCGAAGUAUUUUUCUGUGCUUGUCUUUGUGUGGCGCUUAUAGCUGUUGUAGUGCUCUACUUUGUGGAUUUGUUGUCAGAAGGUGACCUCAAUGUGACUUCAUGGAAUCGUUUAAAACUCCAAGCUGUUGCUGCAGCAGAAUGAGAAUUAGGACUAGCAGCCCUCGGCCAGAAGUACACAACCUUUCACCAUCAAAACAUCAACUUGAAGAAUAUAUUUAAUAUACCUUGAGAUUUUGGAAAAGGGGGAGAAAAGUACUUAAAUUAAUUGAAGACCACUAAUAAUUUGGUUGCAAUUAGUUGUAAUUUUGACAAAUGAGUAUCAAAGUCUGAAUAUUAAAAUAUGUAUUUGUGAUAUUUUAGGUGGUUGUCAAAGGUUUUUGGUAUAUUUUCUCAUUUUAAAUAGGAGCUUUGAGUUAAUGCCUGCUGAGAAUAUUGUUAAUGGUUGUAAAAUGUGGUACAUGUACAUGUGGAACAGGCCCUGUCAUAUCUAGUUCUGUUGUCGACCUUUGAGUUAGUAGUAUUCCAUGAAUGGGUAAGUUUUCCAAUUUUGAUCUUAUACUUGUAACCUCUUGCAUUGCAUUGAUUUUUGGCUUAUAUGCUAAUGCUGAUGAAAGUUGGAUCAUACUGUAGUGUCAUAGAAUGAUAUUGAGCUUCAAAUAAUGUUUGUUGCUUAAAAACCAAUUAAUUGCUUACUACUAAAACUAUGCAUAAUGUCUUCUAAAACAAAUUAAUAUUAAAGGUAAUGAUUGCUGUCAGUGAAACAAUUGGAAUGGCUGUGUGAAUACUACAUUGCAAAAGAACAUGUAGUACUUUUGUACUUGAUUUAUGUAUUACAAUGCACUUAACCUAAUGCAAAACUGCUGGACAGUCCAUUUUCUAUUUACUGUUUAACUGCAAGUUAGUUUUUAUUUGAUAAGCAAGUAGAACUGAUUGUUUAUUUUUUUAAGAACCAUUGCCUUUUUUUUCCAUUUGAACUAAAAAUGGAACUUAAAUUAGUUGACAAAAUCAGAUGUAUUAAAUGCUUAUGUGAAAGAUUUUGUAUGCUAAACUGAGCUAAGAAUUCAUUAACAAAUAAAUGGAAAUAUGUAUUUCUUUUAUCUAUGUCUCCUUGUUUGAGUAAACAAAAAUAUAUGCUGCUAAAAUUUC